AAGUAAAUAUCGUGUGAACGAAUAAAACGUAAUUACCUUUGAUAAGUGAAUUUUUGACAGUUUUUCGAGAGUUUUGCAAACGAACUGCGUUCUGUUGUGCUUUAUUUAAAUGGCGAAUAUAUUUUUUUAAUGCAAUUAUAAGAACGUUAUAAACUUAUUGUAAUUUAUUUUGAUAAAUCGAAAUUCAUUUAAAUCCAAGGUCAAUGCAAAUAUCUACAACAUAACAACAAUAAUAUAAAAAGUGCUUUUGUUUUGAUUUUCACUCGUAACUACGCAAAAUGUCCAAUUCUGAUACUAAAAAUUCGAGUGCAUUAAUAAAUGCGAUUAUUAUGGAAAAUACACUGGAACCAAACCAAAUCACAACAGAUAAUAUAAAUGAGAAAAAGGAGAAGAAAAUAAAUGACGUACAUAAGAAUAACUUCGAAGAACAAUCUGCAUUCAUAUCGGUUGAGCAGUCAAUAACUUCUUCGCCCUAUGCCACGUCCGAUUCACAGAAACCGCGUUGGCUCUCCUCCCUGCACAGUGUUAUUUUCAUAAUAACUUGUGCAUUAGCCGUAUUUAUAGUUUUUCGAAACGUUUUGACAUGGCAUCUGCAAAGCUUUUGGGGCGCCUCCGGCAAUUUUUGGCAAUCGCAAUGGGACAAGUUUAUCCAAAUAACUGGUGACGAUCCAAUGGUUCUUUGGGUUUUCGGUACCACAGCAUUCAUAAUGUUAGUAUAUUGGUUUUUCGGCGGUAUUUACACAUUUAUGGAUCUGACAAAUCGUCCAGCAUUUCUCAGAAAGUAUAAAAUUCAACCAGGUACAAAUGAACCAGUUGAAAAAGCACGUCUCAUGAAAGUAAUAUCGCGCGUUAUCAGCAAUCAAAUCUUUAUUGGCAUCCCAAUGGCUUACUUAAUGUACAAACUAAUGGUAUUACGGGGGUUAAGCUCGAUAAGUGAAUUGCCGACGUUUCAUUGGGUUUGUGUAGAGUUGACAGUUUGCAUUUUAAUGGAGGAGCUUGGGUUUUAUUAUUCCCAUCGUUUACUGCACAAUAAGCACAUCUAUAAAUUUAUACAUAAACAACAUCAUGAAUGGACUGCACCAAUCGCAGUAACUGCAAUUUAUUGCCACCCAAUAGAACACAUUUUUAGCAACCUAUUACCGCCUUUCUUAGGAGUUUUUCUAAUGGGCAGCCAUGUAGCAACUGCUUGGAUGUGGUUCGCUUUAGCAAUAUUAUCAACACUAAAUGCACAUUCCGGUUAUCAUUUACCAUUCUUUCCGAGUCCUGAAGCGCAUGAUUUUCACCACUUAAAAUUUAAUAAUUGCUUUGGAGUUUUGGGAGUUUUGGAUCGUUUGCAUGGUACAGACUCAUUAUUCAGAGCAACUAAAUCUUAUGCGCGUCAUAUUAUGAUGUUAAGUUUCGUACCUCCUCGAGAAGCAUUUCCAGAUUCUACCACGAAAUAAAGAGAGAGCAAUAAGAAUUAUUUAUUAAAGGUUAAAUUUAUAGCUUUAAUUUUGUUGUUUAUCGAGAACACAAUUUUAUAUUUUAUGGAAAAUAAAAAAAUAUAUUGCAAAGAGCAUUAUUGCUUCAAAAUUCAGCACUCCACAAACCUGGCGCAUUCUAGAAAAAGCAAAUCUUAUGUACCACAAGUAUUUACACUAAAAUUGUCAUACUAUAGUUCUAGGUUCUGGUAUUUUACUAAAAUGUCUAACAUUUUUUAUAUGUGAUAGUAUACAUCAAAAUCUCAUUUAUAUGUAUGUACGUUUAUAUGUGAUUAUUUACAGUUAAUAUAUUUUGUAUUUAGUAUUUAAAUUAACAUUAUACGAUGAAAGCUGACACUUCAGCUAGACUUGUAAGAAACAGUGAAUUGCUACUAGAAUCAUUUAAGAAACGAACUUUUCAA